AUGAAUGGAGCAUUCCGCAAUUCAGUCUAUUGCAAGGAAUUGUGCAGUUAUACGGAGGAGUUUGGCCUGAAGUACGUUGAUUUGGAGCUGUAUUUCACGAAGAUUGAAAAUGGCCUAGCUCAGGAGAUGACUGAGGAUGAGCUAGUCGUAUUUUGCAGUGAGGUUGCUGCAUCCAUGAUAACGAUGCACACUGACUACAACAAGCUCGCAUCUGUCAUUAUGAUCAGGAACCAUCACAAAAACACGUCUGGCUCAUUCUCAGAGAAGUUCCUGAGACUUCAGAAAGCAAAUGGAAAUUUCCAGGACAAAAUGGUUGAAAUUGUCACGAGACUCAAAGACAAGAUCGAUUCAAUCGUUGACUAUAGCAGAGACUACAACUUUGAUUAUUUUGGGUUUCUCUCACUCAGAAAGACGUACCUGAUGAAAAUCGAUAACAAAAUUGUUGAAAGCCCACAGGACGUCUACAUGCGCCUGUCUCUUCAAAUUCACCAGGACGACCUUGAUGGAAUCAAAGAGACGUACAUGUUGCUGGCUCAACAAUACUACACACAUGCAACACCAUCACUCUACAACAGCUGUUGCAAACUGAAUCAGAUGGCUUCUUGUUUUCUACUAGCAAUUAAAGAUGACUCAGUUGAAGGAAUCUUUGAGACAAUUCUGGAGGCAGCCACUAUCCGAAAAGUGAGUGGUGGCCUAGGAAUAAAUAUGACAACAUUGCGAUGCAAUCACAGCAAACUGAAGACGACUGGUGGAGAAUCAAAGGGAAUCAUUCCAAUAAUCAAGCUCAUUUCUGAUUCAGUGAAAUACCUGAAUAAGAACGAGGCCAAAAGAAGCUCAGCCUGUGCAUUCUAUCUUGAGCCAUGGCACAAGGACGUCUUUGACUUCCUAGACAUCCGCAAGAACACAGGCAACGAGGAGAAUCGUGCUAGAGACUCAUUCACUGCACUAUGGAUCAAUGACAUCUUUAUGCGCAGAGUUGAAAGUGGUGCAAAUUGGUCACUUUUUGAUCCAAAGGAGGCCAUUGGUCUCGUCGAUGCCUACGGUGACGAUUUCACCAAACUGUACGAGCACUACGAGACUGUUCUAGAACACAGGUCCAUUCCUGCCCAGACACUCUGGCGUGAAAUCAUCUGUGCCCAAAUUGAGACUGGUACGCCCUACAUGCUGUACAAAGACGCCUGUAACAGAAACAGCAACCAGAACAACCUUGGAACCAUCAAAUGCUCCAAUCUCUGUGGUGAGAUCCUUGAAUACUCAGAUAGCAGCACCACGGCUGUCUGUAACCUGGCAUCGAUUUGUCUUCCAAAAUUCGUCAAGGAGUCCCCAAGUGGAACGAGAUUCUUUGAUUUCCACCUUCUUCACCGUGUUGCCAGAAUAGUCGCCAGAAACCUGAAUAGUCUGAUUGAUACGUCACAUUAUCCAACAGAAACAACCAGGAAGUCGAAUAUGGAGACCAGGCCACUUGGAAUUGGAAUUCAGGGACUCGCUGACACAUUCUUCAUGAUGAAAUACCCGUAUGAAUCUGAGGAUGCAUCGAAAUUGAAUCGGGUGAUUUUUGAGACGAUCUACCACGCUGCAAUCGAGGUCUCGUGCGACCUGUCUCUUUUCUCUGGGCCGUAUCCAGCAUUCAGUGGCUCCUUCUACUCCCAGGGCGUAUUCCAUUUUGAAAAAUACAAGCCAGCUGGAGUUGAACUCUCUGGUCUCUGGAAUUGGGAUGAACUCAGAAAGGGCGUAAUUCAAUUUGGAUUGAGAAACUCGCUAUUUACGGCGUGCAUGCCCACAGCAACCACUGCCCAAAUCUGUGGAAACAGCGAGUGCAUGGAGCCAAUUCAGUCGAACAUCUUCACAAGACGAACAUUUGCAGGUGAUUUCCAGGUCGUGAAUCGAUUUCUGAUGGAUGAUCUGAUUCGAUUGGGACUGUGGUCGAAUGAGAUGAGGCAGCUGAUUAUCGAGUACGAUGGAUCCAUCCAGUCGAUUCCUGUGAUUCCUGAUCAAAUCAAACAGCUCUACAAGACAGUUUGGGAGAUCAAAAUGAAGCGUGUUCUGGAAAUGGCUGAUGACAGACAGGCGUUCCUUGAUCAGACACAGUCAUUGAAUCUCUUCGUAAAGCAGCCAACUUACGGAAUACUCAGCUCAAUGCACUUCUACGGCUGGAAACUUGGCCUCAAAACAGGAAUGUACUACCUGAGAACAUGUCCAGUGGCAUCAGCCAUCAAGUUUACGGUUGAUAAGGAGCUCAUAACGAAGGCAAUCAGCUCAAUGAAGGAGGAGGAAGAGUGCGAGGACUGCACGUGCUAG